AUGUCUGAUUCAGACCAUUUAAUACACAGUGACGCCGAUACCCACAAAUUCGCUGAUACUGGUGAUUUCGUCCAGCCCAAGAACACCAUGUUUCGAGGUUCCAAAUCGGAGUUUCAUCUCGCUCUUGCCGUCUCCAAUAUUAGGAACCGCAUUCCUAUUAUUCUUGAGAUGGAAAAAGAUCAAUAUGGUACCUGGGUCGAGCUUUUCUGCGUCCAUGCUCGCUCACAUCGAGUCCUGCAUCACAUCGUUCCAUCUAUCGGAAAAGAGCCAUCAGCUGUUACCGACGCCAACCAUGAACAAUGGUCCACUCUUAAUGCCACCUUUCUUUAG